AUGGAAUAUUAUCGUGACUCGGCACCAAAUAUCGACUCAGGCACUAUAGACCAAAUGGAAGCAAAGAAGCUACGUUUUGGAUUAACGAAACAAGGAAACCAGGUUGAAGUAGCGGAUUUAACUAUAGAAAAGGAUAGAUGA